ACCCCCUGCCAGCCAUGACGUGCCAGUGGCCUUAGCUUUGCCUUGGUUAGUUGUCACCAAGUCCUUUCACUGCUCUGACCUACUGGAAAGCCAUAGCUCCCCUGUGCCCCACCCUCACCCCAUCCCCUUGCCUGUUCCCAUUGUCCCAGAACUGGCUUCACUCAUUCUUCCUGUCGCUCCAGACUAAGGCUGGCCCGGAAAACCCCCACUUGGGCUUCACUGUUGUUUUCCUUUCAUUUUUUCUGGUGUUUGGUCUUCCCAGCACCUGCCCGCCCUCUAAGGGAGGUGCCUCAUGGCAGCCCGCCCUCCGGCCUGGUUUCCUCAGGAAAAGCCUUGGAAGGAAGCAGGGAGGGGGUUGUGGGUAGAAGGGGCCAGAUUAGCCCUGGACCUCCUGCUGCACCGGCCACCAUGGCACCAGGCAUGCUGCUGCCACUGCUUCUGCUCCUGACUGAGGGGGCCCAAGGGUCCGAGCUGGACCCUACAGGGCGUCACGUCUGCAGGGCCAGUAGCCCCUCGGCCGAGCUCCAGUGCUGCCCAGGCUGGAGGCAGAAAGAUCAAGAAUGCAGCAUUCCUAUCUGCGAGGGGCCAGAUGCCUGCCAGGAUAAGGAAGUGUGUGUGAAGCCAGGCCUCUGUCGGUGCAGACCCGGAUUCUUCGGUGCCCGGUGCGACUCCCGCUGCCCAGAUCAGUAUUGGGGUCCUGACUGCCGUGAGAUCUGCACCUGCCACCCACAUGGCCUGUGCGAGCCAGCCACGGGCAAGUGCCGCUGUCUAGUGGACCGCUGGGGCGAGCACUGCGAGUUUGCGUGCACCUGCGGCCCACAUGGGCGCUGCGACCGGGCAACGGGCGAGUGCCACUGUGAACCGGGCUGGUGGUCAUCCACGUGCCGCAGACCGUGCCAGUGCAAACUUUCGAACUCGCACUGUGACCCUGCCACCGGCUCCUGCCUGUGCAAGCCGGGCUGGUGGGGCCACCGCUGCCGCUUCCCUUGCUCCUGCAACAGCUCGCCUUGUACAAAGGAGGCAGGCCGUUGCAUCUGUCAGCCUGGCCAGUGGGGCCCAGAUUGCCGGCACUCAUGCGAGUGCCUGCAGGGCCAUUGCAACGCCGCCAACGGCCAAUGCAUCUGCCCUGCUGGCUUCCGUGGUGCCCACUGCGAGCAGCCCUGCCCACGCGGCAGCUAUGGGGUGCAGUGCCAAGAAAAAUGUGGGCACUGCAGGAACCAAGAAUCCUGCUCUGUAGACACAGGCAGUUGUGUGUCCUGUGAGCCAGGCUGGAAUGGGACCCAGUGCCAGCAGCCCUGUCCAGCGGGUACCUUUGGUGAGAGCUGCCGGCAUCAGUGCCCCCACUGCCGGCUUGGGGAGGCCUGUCAGCCUGACUCUGGGCACUGUCAGCGCUGUGACCCUGGCUGGUUGGGGCCCAGGUGUGCAGACCCCUGCCCGGCUGGCACCUUUGGAGAAGAUUGUGCCUCUCUGUGCCCACCUUGUGUCCAGGGGGCCUGUGAUGCAGUGACUGGGGAGUGUGUCUGCAAUGCUGGCUACUGGGGACUCAGCUGCAACACCUCAUGUCCAUCCGGCUUCCAUGGCAACAACUGCUCUGUUCCCUGCGAGUGCCCAGAGGGGCUCUGCCACCCUGUCUCUGGAUCCUGCCAGCUGGGCUCUCACAGUCAGGACACGGCCCUCAUUGCAGGCAUCCUGGUGCCUCUGCUACUGCUGCUUCUGGGAAUUGCCUGUUGUGCUUGCUGCUGCUGGAUAGCCCGUCUACCCCCCAAGGACAGGCCAGUGAGAGAUGGAGCUGCUGUGUCCAGAAUGAAGCUGCAGGUAUGGGGAGCACUGAGCAACUUGGGCUCAGCACUCCCCUGUGGGUCCCUCAGCAGCCACAAGCUUCCCUGGGUGACAGGUGAGUGCAGGGAGUGUUGGGUGGAACAGGGCCAAGGCUUCCCAUCGGGCUCUGUGCCUGACAUGAAAUUCCCGACAGUGUCACACCACGACCCAGAGAUCCCCUUCAACCACAGCUUCAUCGAGCCACCCUCUGCAGGCUGGGCCUCUGACGACUCCUUUUCUUCUGAUCCUGAGUCUGGAGAAGACAAUGAAGGGCCUACCUACUGUGUACCACCCCAAGAAGGAUUGGUCCCUGUGGUACAAGCAGAAUCUUCAGAGUGCAGCCUGGCUGAGGGUCCCUUCCUGCCCCCCGAGGACACCUCCACUCCCUUCACCAUCCCACGCACGUCCAGUCUCGCCCGAGCCAAGAGACCAUCUGUCUCCUUUGCUGAAGGCACCAAGUUUGCUCCACAGAGUCGCCAAGGCUCUGGGGAGCUCUCCAGCCCACUCCGAAAGCCCAAGAGGCUCUCCCGGGGCGGCCAACCAGGUUCUGAAGGUCAGGAGGCUGAGGAGGUUACAGCUCCAGAGCAAGCAGAGAAGGAAGAGGCACCUCCUAGUGCUGCUAGCCCACAGGAUUUGGCUGCUGGCCACCGCCACAUCCCACUUGGUGGUCAGACAGUGGCAGAACGCGUGGAAGCCAUCGAGGGCAGUGUCCAGGAGAACUCAGGCUCCGUGACUACCAUCUACAUGCUGGCAGGGACUCCCAGGGCAGCUGAGGGCCCAGUACGGUCAGUCCUCCGCCGCUUUGGUAGUUUCCAAAAAGGGCAGACAAUGCCCAAGAUCAAGAGCACCAUCCCCAAACCUCCACGCCGGGCUCUGAGUCGGAACAAGGGCAGUCCUGGGUUGGCCUCUGGCUCUGCCAGUCCAAGCUCUAGCUCAGCUUUUCCAAAUGAGGAGCUUACUGGAGCCUCAGAAGCUUCAGGAACCAGACCGGAAGAAGUAGCCAGAGAUCAGGAAGAUGGUCUUUGUGGGUCUGGGAAGGCCACCGAGGCUACCCCCCUGGAACAGGAACCACAGAAGCUGACUGGAGAAGAAGGGCAGGAGGAGCCCCAGUAUGAGAAUGUAGCACCCAUCUGUGGGCCCCCAGCACCCUGAAGAACUUGAAUUUGGAUAGUAGAAAGUAUGCAUCCAAAGUGGAUCAGACUAUAUCCUAUGCUGGCGAGGACCCCAGGAGCAGGAAAAGUGUGCCAGAGACUGCCCUCUCCCAGGGAUUGCAGACCAGUUGGCUGUGGGUCCCAGCAGCACUCAGAAUGUUCUGGAAGGCCUGGCAGAGAUCAAAUGGGAGGAAGUCAGGAAAGUGAGAAGAGGCAAUGGGGACUUUUUUAUUCUGCCCCAAAGGCUAUGCUUUCCUUCAUCUGCAAAAAAACUUUUCUGAAAUGGGAGACAACCUAAAUGUUUGGUGAUCAAAGAUGCGUUAAAUAAAUAUUUCUUUGUAUGGAUUCCUAAACAAGGCUAAAAA